GGAUCUACUAUCUGUGGUAUAUACCAUCGGAAUAGACCGGAAGCCCAAGUACAAGCUAACUGGUUCGUUGUGUGCCCCAGCCAAUGUAAAUAGUCGAAGAAACGAUCGCGACUCCUCGGUCGCGGGAAAGCCUCAGUGCCCAUUCGUCUCUUCACCAAACCAGAACAAUUUCUUCGGUACGAUUACUUUCUUACGAUUAUCCACAUAAAUUAUAAUUAAGUCUAUAAAAAUAAAAGUACUCCAGUUUUAUUUCUUCGCCGUUCAGUAAAAAGUUCAAAGUUAUUAAUAAAAAAAAAAAAAAAAAAAUACUGUUCAAUAAAAAAGUUUUUUUAUGUCGACAUUAUCAAUACGAUUAUUAUUAUCGUUAAAAACAUCGCUCGAGAUAAGUUGCCAGUCGUGUGGAGAACAAGACCGAGGUGUCUUUCAUUUUUUAACAGCCGUUUGCUCGUUUUCGAUUCAAAUUUAAAUUGUUGCCGGGCAAAUUUAAAUAUCUAAUGAAGUUUUGAUAGUUUGGAUUUUUGUGUUUAUGUUUAUGUUUAUAUUUAUGUUUAUGUAUAUAUUUAAAUAUAUAAGUACAAUUGCGGUGCAUGUAAUCAAGUGAAGAUCAAUGUCCGAGUAUUUAAAAACAUUGGAGCAAUGUCGUGUCGUAAGAAAAUCGACUCCAAAAUAUGGAUUGACUAUUGGACGAUGGAAACAGAAGUGAGAUCACUGAAACAGGAGCUAACGAGUACCCGGGAUGCUUUGAAAUCAGCGACGAAACGGUGCCGGGAGCUGGUUCGCGAAUUGGAUUCACUGCACGUGUCCCAUGACUCGGAGCGUAAUUUACGUGACCAGCAGCUCUCGAAAAUUUUACGCGCAUUGUUGAUCCUCGAGUCCCGGUUGCGGCAAGAGCAGAAAUCAAUUCGCCAGCAGCUGUGCGAAAAGGACACGGUGAUACGAAAUCAGCAGAUCGAGAUCGCGAGAUUACGUCGGUACACUAAAAAUUACAUAAAAAAUAAACGAGAGCAGGACUCUUACAUAAAUACCGAGGACGUUAACAAAAAUACCAAGGCCACUGAAACUAUUUUGUCUUCUUUUGAUGACAACACUGUCGCUAAAGACAUUCAGCAGCUCAAGCGCGAGAUAAUAAUAAAGUUGAAUAACUGCGAAGAUGAUGAUAUAAAGAACAAAGAAUUCGGUGUUAAGAAGACAGAUAGUUUUGCUGGUAGUGACGUAUCUAAAGAAAGUGUAACGAGUGAAAAUACCGACGCUUCUAUUGUUACAACAACCACCGAAGGAAGUCCAUCUCUAUUGAGCACCGAAGGUUUUUGUGAAGGUGAAAGUUCUGAUAUAUCGCCUGGUUCAACUCUAAAUAAAUCGUGCCGGCGUAUUAUCUCGGGAACAGAUCCUCAAGUCACGAUAAAUAUUUGUCAAAAUGACUUUAACUUUAAGGACAACAAUAAUGAUGAUGAUGCUGAUGAUCAAGGACUUUCCCAACGACGUCUUGGUAUCAUCAGAUCCGAGCCUUUAGAAAUAUAUGAGAAUGAAGUCACUAAAAUAUCACGUAGUGACAGCAAAGAUGACGGAAUGGACUGUAAUUUUGCUUCUGAUGAAGACGAAGCAGAGCCGAUUUACGUCAACGCUUGUGCGGGUAACGAAAAUAAAAAUAACAAAAAAAAUUUGAGGGAUGAAAGAACUAGGGGAAGUAAAAGUGAUGACAAUAGGUUUAAUAAUAACAAUAAUAGUACUAAUAAUAAUAAUAAUAUAAAUAUUAAUAAUAAUAAUGAGACGAUCGAGGAAGAAAAGUGUAUGGAAGACACCAGCGGCAACUGGUACAGCGAUCCCGACGAGGACAGAAUAACUGAGGAAGUGAUACAGAAUAAUUCUUACAGACCCAACAGCAAUCACAACUCGGUGCUUGAGUGCGUAAAUCAGAUUUUACUGAGGGACAGAGAGGAAGAAGAAAACGUGAGAUCAAUACCGAGGACUUUCAAGCAUAAGGGCCGGAUAGUUCGUUUCCAGCCGGCGAGAUUGUCGGAUAUUGAGUCUGUCGGCUCGGAAAUGGAGAGGAAGAACUCGGAAGAAGCCAUCAUGGAUAAGGAAAAUGAGCUCGGGGAUGCUGGCUCGGAAGAAGAGUACGGGAUGAGGAUUAUGAGUCCGAGUAUUAUGAGAAUUGGAAACUCUGUAGGCUCGGCGGAUUCCAAUCAUGAGGAAGAGCUGGACACGAGCACUGGCGCUAUUCCGAUAGCGAUUAUCGAACCGCAGAUUGAUAUUGACGCACAGAGUGUUAUUUCCUCGGUGUCUUCAGUCUCUCCGGAGCUUUCUGUAAAAUCGAGGUCUUCAAACAGGUCAUCGAGUCCCAUUUUGAGGCUCGAGAGGAUCGAGGAGAAGACUUGUCUGUCAAUGUCCUCAAAGGGGCUGACAAUUGCCAAGAAUUUGGACUACGAGGACAUUGAGUCGCUGCCGGAAAUAAUUUCUCCUCUGCCCAAGACUCCACCAGCUCUGCCACCUAAACCGCAGUUCAGAAAUAACACACUUGUGUUGAAAAAAAUUCCUAGUCCGUCAUUUCUCAUCGACGAAACGCGUAAGAAACAUUCCUCAGGUCUCAGCGCUCCAGGGUACGUUAAAAAAAUAUUCGGAAUUUCUACACCCAAAUCCUCUCUGUCCUCGUCUUCAAAGAGUCUCCUCUUCGACAAUGACCAUCUCAAUAAAUCAUUGACCAGAUCGCCGGGUUUGAGUUUCAUCAACAACAACAGCUUCAGAGAAGGUAUAUUUAGGUCUCCGAAAAAAGACAAACAGAAAGAUCUUUACCGAGACACACCCAAGAUCCCUCGUGUCCCGAACAUGGUGAGACAUUUCGAGGAGUUUAAAAUCGGUAGCGACAUCGACUCCCGUUGCGUCAACAAAAAAUCUAAAGACCGAUCAACGCAAUUUGAAAUUGAAGAGAUCGACAUACGUCAAAAUUUUGAAGAGUUCAAUUUAGACGAGUGCGAUUUGUCUGACGAUCCAGACCGACCCGAAGGCGACGGCUCUGAUCGGCUUGGGAACCUGACUCUCAAUAAGAACCAGGACGAUGACAUUUACAGUGUCGUUGAUAACAACAACAUACCGACGAAUAAUUCAACGUCUAGCACAAGUACGACUACAAAUUCAAACACAAAUACCAACUCUAAUUCAAAUGGCAUUUAUGAUCACUUCUUAGAAGCAACAGGACUCAGUAAUAAGUCAAUUUUAACUCCAUCACGACUGCUGAGCAAUCACAAGAGUGUGCUCAAGCCCAAGGACAUCAAGUACAAGAAUAAGAUAAAGGCCGUCAGUGAAAAGCAGCAGCAGCAGCAGAUUGUCAAUCCACUGCCAGCGGCAGGAAUUAAUAAUAAUAAUAGUCAUAGUCAUAGCAAUAGUCACAGUCAUACACACAGAGAUCAUACACAUGGCAGACACUGGACUGGGCCAUUUGUAUGAUGACUAGCAGCCUCGGUAUUCGGAAGCGGCGAUCGAUUGACUGAAAGUCCGAAAAAAACUCACGGCUCUCCGCUGCGUAAAAUUCAGGCAUGGCGCAAAGGACUCGGUCAUUGAUUCCCUUUAAAUAUAUAUAUAUAUAAAUAUAUGAAAUAUCAUUAUUAUAAUAUUAAAUAUUAUAUAUGUACAAUACAAUUAUAUCGUUUUAAUUAAACGCGUUUUAAAUUUAUUA